AUGGCUGCUCUCCUGGCUGGUCUCCUGGCGACAGCCUCUUUUGUUCUUCCCGCUACAGCACAACUGUCAGGAACAGUCGGACCUACCACAUCCACCUCUGCAAAGGCAGCCACCAAGGUUUGCAACAUCUUGGACUAUGGCGGUGUCGCCAGCGCAACCACCGACAAUGGCGCUGCUAUCCAGUCCGCCUGGGACGCCUGCAAGAGUGGUGGUCAGGUCUACAUCCCCGAGGGAGACUAUGGCAUGGCUACCUGGGUCACGCUCAAGAGCGGAACGGGAGUCUCGAUCAACAUUGAGGGCACAAUCUAUCGCACGGGAACCGACGGCGGCAACAUGAUCAUGAUUCGGGACAGCAGCGACGUCGAGGUCUACUCGGCGACUUCCAAGGGAGCCAUGCAGGGUUACGGAUACGAGUUUCACUCCCAGGACACCUAUGGCCCACGUCUUUUGCGUUUCUACAAGUGCACUGACUUUUCUGUCCACGAUCUCAUCCUCGUUGACUCUCCUGCUUUUCACUUGUCUCUCGACACUUGCACCAAUGGUGAAUUGUACAACAUGAUUAUUCGUGGUGCUAACGAGGGUGGUCUGGACGGAAUCGAUGUCUGGAGCACCAACAUUUGGAUUCACGAUAUUGAGGUGACCAACAAGGACGAGUGCGUCACAGUCAAGAGCCCUGCCGAUCACAUUCUGGUUGAGCAGGUCCACUGCAACUGGUCCGGUGGUUGUGCCAUGGGAUCCCUCGGUUCCGGCGUUGCUGUCCACGAUAUUGAAUACCGCAACAUCUACACCCACCACGCCAACCAGAUGUACAUGAUCAAGUCCAACGGCGGAGAUGGAGACGUUUACAACGUGGCUUUCAACAACUUCAUGGGCCACAGCAACGCCUACACCCUCGACUUUGACACGGCCUGGAGCAGCAUGUCGGCCGUCGACGGCGACGGCAUCACCUACUCCAACAUUAGCUUCAGCAACUGGAAGGGCACCGCCUCCAACGGCGUGCAGCGCGGCCCCGUCAAGCUCAACUGCCCGUCCAAGGUGCCCUGCACCGACAUCACCGUCGAGGACUUUGCCGUGUGGACCGAGUCGGGCAGCAGCGUGCUCUACGGCUGCCAAAACGCCUACGGCUCGGGCGUCUGCCUCAACGACGGCAGCUCCCACACGGCCUACACCACCACCCAGACCGUCACCACGGUCGCCGGCUACUCGUACUCGACCAUGGCCGGCGAGCUGACCGCCGGACUGGGCCUCACCGCCUCGAUUGCCAUCCCCACCAUGCCCGCGUCCUUUUACCCCGGCCUCCAGCCCAUCAGCGCCAUUCUCAACGGCGCCGCCGGCGGUUCCGCCUCGGCAGCCGAGGCCGUGGCCGCCUCCACCACGGCCAGCAGCUCCGCCGCCGUCAAGACGUCUUCCGCUGCCUCAUCCUCGUCCUCCUCUGCCAAGUCCUCUUCUUCGACAACCAAGGCGGCCAAGACCUCCAAGACCACUGGCAGCAAAGUCGGCGCCGAGGCCGUCUCCACGUCAUCCAGCAGCGCCCCCUCGGUCGGCAUCACCUCGUCGGCCCCUGCCCCGAUCGUGACCUCUGUCGCCAGCAGCAGCAGCAGCAGCGCCCCUGCUGUUUCGAGCUCGGCAUCUGCUCACAAGGGAUGCAAGCGCUCUGCUAAAUUCCGUGCCUAG